AUGGAGAGAGUUCUUGAAGAAAUACAGACGGAGUACGCGGAUAUAAAACAGGCGCGCGCGCUGAUGGUUCAGAGCGACUUCUCUCGGGCUUCCGAAAUAUACUCACAGAUUCUGGCGGAGAUGUCUGCGAAGGAGGCAGAGGACAGCCUGAAGAUGUGCGCCGUGUAUUUGGAGUACUCAAAGUGUUUGUUCCUGUCCAACGACAAGCUCGUGCUAAAUCCGGAGAUAGAAGAGGACAACGAGUAUCUGGAAGACUUGGGGAUUGCCUGGGAGGUGCUGGAGAUCGCCAAAAACACGUUCAGGAAAAGCCAGUUCACAGAAGAGCUCAUAAAGGUGCACAUUCUCUUAAGCGACAUUGCGCAGGAGACAAACAACUUUGAAAGCGCGCUGGAAGACCUCACAGAGGCGCACGCGCUUCUGAAGGGGAAAAGCACAGACGACUCGAGGCUCCCAGAUAUCUCCUUCCGGAUCGCAAUCGCGCACGAGGAGCUGGGAAACACCGAAAAGGCGAUAGAGAUGCUGGAGCAGCUGCUGGAGAUUCUGGGCAAGUCUUCCAGCAUAGAAGGCACUGCCGAGAUCAUGGAGGAGGUCCGGGAGAAAAUUGACCGGAUAAGAAACCCCGAGAAGUACAAGCUCUCUCUAACGAAGGUGCAGAAAGUUGUGGAAAAGGAUCAGCCUGUGCAAAAGAUAAAGCUUGGAAAGUCUGGAAAGGCCCCCUCGGACAAACAGGAAGAAUAA